AUGAAUAAUGACGUCAAAGGAUUAAACGAAACGAAAUUUAUUAAUAAUGAUAAUAUUCAUCACGUUUAUAGAAGAGUCGCAUCAUCAAUGGUACCGAUAAGGGAUAGAGAAAAAACAUCAAUUUGUUCAUAUAAAGUUAUAACGGAUAUAAACAAUCAAAGGAUUCCUGAUAAGAUUGAUAAGGUGAUUUGUUUAAAAGAUUCAUGCAAGUGUUCCAAUCAAGGAGGUUUCAAAUGCACUCAAUUAUACACUCAACUUAACGUUACUUACGUCACAAAUGAUUUCUUAUCAAAUUUCGAAUUUGAAUUGAUCGACGUCGAAUAUGCUUGCGUUUGUUCGAGAGCACCGGGAGGUUCAAAUGUUAACCUUUUGGAACCUGUUUUCGUUUGA